UUCUUUCUUGUGUUGAUAGUUCUUUUUAUCUUCAUACCCCUCACUAAAUAUCAAAUAUUAAAAAAAAAAAAGAUGAUAUCAGUAUCAACGGAAAUGGAGGAAACACUUAAACGCAUCUCUUCACGAAAAGGUGUCAAAGGUGUCAUCAUCAUGAACCAUGCUGGACAAACUAUUCGAACAACUAUGGAUACAGAACUUACUAAACAAUAUGCAAUGCAAUACAGUGCAUUGGUUGUACAAUCUCAAACUACUGUGACUACACUUGAUGAAGAGAAUGAAUUGACAUUUUUACGAAUAAGAACCAAGAAACAUGAAGUCAUGAUUGCACCAAAUGAAGAAUACGUGUUACUGGUGAUCCAAAAUCCUGCAGAAACACUCCAAUCAUAGAUUAGUCUUUAUAUCCUUUCGUGUUGUAGUUUAUGAAUAAAAUUUUUAUAUAUGAAACAUUA